UUGCAGAAUCCGGACCACGACAAACGAUGCGACAUCUCCUACCGUGUUGAUGCGAGAAAAAUCAAAGAAAAGUUAGAGUUUCUCGAACGGCCUCUGACCGACAGAAAUGGCUCAUUCGGUGCGCAAACGUUCUGUAGACUGGCCGUCAUGGACGGCUUCAUUCGGGACGACGUCAUGUUUCUCAAGUUUGAGAUUGAAAAGGUAAAAGCACAACAGCAAGUUCUGAGGCCAGCUUCUGUACAGAAUUCUGAGACUGCAUCUGUACUCUCUGAACCACCACCAAAAACACCGGCGACCAUAUCCAAAGUGGAGAUCGAUAUGCAGCCACCCAAAACAGGUGCCAAUGAAGAGUGUCUUGAAGGUCCGAUACUUGGGAGGAGUUCACCAGCACUGUCUACAACUGGACGAUACCUAGAAAGACCUCCAACGAUCUCUGUAUCUGCUAAGAAGCCUCCAGCUACUCCAUCAAAUCCGAUUAUCAGGCCUCCGUCCAGUCUGCAGCCACCUAUAGUAGCUCCAGUUCCAGUGGUUGUAACACAGAAGGAUGAAAUCCAGGAAAGUGCUGUCCUUCAACGGCCUCUCAGCAGGCAACCAAAUGCCACCCUCCAGCAACCUCUCGAAAAUCAACUACAACCCAUGACACCAACCGCGAAGCACUAA